CGCUUGGAUGCUUCGCCUCCGAGCGCCCUCGGAAGAUGGGCCGGCAGCCACUCGCCUAAAGACAUCUAGGGGUGACCAGUCUUCAAGGCAGACCCGGAGGGCUCGGCCCGGGGUUCCACGGCGGAGGAGAUGGCUUCCAGCCCACUGCCGGGGCCCAACGACAUCUUGCUGGCGUCGCCCUCCAGCGCCUUCCAGCCCGACGCACUGAGCCAGCCGCGGCCAGGCCACGCCAACCUCAAACCCAACCAGGUGGGCCAGGUGAUCCUCUACGGCAUUCCCAUCGUGUCGUUGGUGAUCGAUGGGCAGGAGCGCCUGUGCCUGGCGCAGAUCUCCAACACUCUACUCAAAAACUUCAGCUACAACGAGAUCCACAACCGCCGCGUGGCGCUGGGCAUCACGUGCGUACAGUGCACGCCAGUGCAGCUGGAGAUCCUGCGGCGCGCAGGGGCCAUGCCUAUCUCAUCGCGCCGCUGCGGCAUGAUCACCAAACGCGAGGCCGAACGUCUAUGCAAGUCAUUUCUGGGCGAAAACAGGCCUCCCAAGCUGCCCGACAACUUUGCCUUCGACGUGUCGCACGAGUGCGCUUGGGGUUGCAGAGGCAGCUUCAUCCCUGCGCGCUACAAUAGCUCGCGCGCCAAGUGCAUCAAAUGCAGCUACUGUAACAUGUACUUCUCACCCAACAAGUUUAUUUUCCACUCCCACCGCACGCCGGACGCUAAGUACACGCAGCCAGACGCAGCCAACUUCAAUUCGUGGCGCCGUCAUCUAAAGCUCACCGACAAGAGUCCCCAAGACGAGCUAGUCUUUGCCUGGGAGGAUGUGAAGGCCAUGUUCAAUGGUGGUAGCCGCAAGCGUGCGCUGCCUCAACCCGGCGCUCACCCUGCCUGCCACCCACUCAGCUCGGUCAAGGCGGCCGCUGUGGCAGCCGCGGCUGCAGUGGCCGGAGGCGGUGGUUUGCUGGGCCCGCACCUACUGGGCGCUCCACCGCCUCCACCACCGCCACCACCACUGGCGGAACUGGCAGGCGCUCCUCAUGCCCAUCACAAGAGGCCGCGCUUCGACGACGACGACGAUUCCCUGCAAGAGGCAGCCGUCGUGGCCGCAGCCAGCCUUUCGGCCGCGGCCGCCAGUCUCUCGGUGGCCGCGGCCUCGGGCGGCGCCGGGGCGGGCGGGAGUGGCGCCGGGGGUGGUUGUGUGACCGGCGUUGGCGUUGGCGCCGGCGCGGGGGCAGGCGGGGCAGCAGGCGCCAAAGGCCCACGGAGCUACCCGGUCAUCCCGGUGCCCAGUAAGGGCUCAUUUGGGGGUGUGCUUCAGAAGUUCCCGGGCUGCGGGGGGCUUUUCCCUCAUCCUUACACCUUUCCGGCCGCAGCCGCCGCCUUUGGCUUGUGCCACAAGAAGGAGGACUCGGGUGCAGCGGCUGAGGCCUUGGGGGCAGCGGGCGCAGGGAGCGCAGGUGCAGCGCCCAAGGCCGGUUUGUCAGGUCUCUUCUGGCCCGCGGGCCGCAAGGACGCUUUCUACCCGCCCUUUUGCAUGUUCUGGCCACCGCGGACCCCCGGCGGGCUUCCAGUGCCCACCUAUCUACAACCCCCGCCUCAACCUCCCUCUGCGCUCGGCUGCGCGCUUGGUGACAGCCCAGCCCUGCUGCGCCAGGCCUUCCUGGAUCUGUCUGAGCCCGGCGGCGCGGGUGCGAGCGCGGAGGCUGCGCCCCCACCGGGUCAGCCUCCUCCGGUGGUAGCCAAUGGCCCGGGCUCCGGCCCACCGCCUCCUGCUGGGGGCGCCAGCACUCGAGACACGCUCUUCGAGUCGCCCCCGGGCGGCAGCGGGGGGGACUGCAGCGCGGGUUCCACGCCGCCCGCAGACCCCAGCGCAACAUCCGCAGCUGGGGCAGUGUCAGCCGGCGCGGGUCCAGCAGGCGCCCGGGUGCCCGCGCCGCACCAUCCGCACCUCCUGGAGGGGCGCAAGGCUGGCGGUGGCAGUUACCACCAUUCGAGCGCCUUCCGGCCCGUGGGCGGCAAGGACGACGCAGAGAGUCUGGCCAAGCUGCAUGGGGCGUCGGCGGGUGGGCCACACUCUGCCCAAGCGCACCACCACCAUCACCAUCACCACCCACACCAUCACCACCACCAUCAUCCCGCACAGCCACCCUCGCCGCUGCUGCUGCUGCCUCCGCAGCCCGACGAACCAGGUUCUGAGCGCCAUCACCCCGCCCCGCCGCCGCCUCCACCCCCACCGCCCCCGCUGGCUCCGCAGUCGCACCACCGAGGCCUUCUGUCCCCCGGGGGAACCAGCUGCAGCUACCCUAGCGAGGACAGCUCCGAGGAUGAAGACGACGAGGAAGAAGAGCAGGAGGUGGAUGUGGAGGGCCACAAGCCCCUGGAGGGCGAGGAAGAGGAGGAGGAAGGUCGAGACCCUGAGGACGAUGAGGAAGAAGACGAGGAGAAUGGGGUUCUAUUAGGAGACCCCUUAGUCAGCGGUGGUCGGUUCCUCCAGGGCCGGGGGCUACCGGAGAAGGGAAACAGCCGCGACAGAGCGCCGGCCGCCGCUGGCGCUUUCCCGCUCGCCCUGAAUUCCUCCAGGUUGCUACAGGAAGAUGGCAAACUGGGUGACCCUGGCAGCUCGGACCUGCCCCCUCCCCCGCCUCCGCCUCUGGCCCCCCAGAAAGCGAGCGGUGGUAGCAGCAGCCCAGGCAGCCCGGUCCACCAUCCAUCACUGGAGGAGCAGCCCUCCUACAAAGAUAAUCAGAAAACUAAGGAAAAUAACCAAGCUAUUAUAUCUACAAAGGAUGACAACAACUUUUCAGAUAAGAAUAAGGAGCAUAGCUUUUUCAUCACAGAUUCCGAUGCAUCUGGAGGAGAUUUUUGGAGAGAAAGAUCAGGUGAACAUACACAAGAAACCAGUUCACCUCAUUCACUCAAAAAGGAUGUAGAAAAUAUGGGGAAAGAAGAACUUCAGAAGGUUUUAUUUGAACAAAUAGAUUUACGAAGACGACUAGAACAAGAAUUCCAAGUGUUAAAAGGAAACACAUCUUUCCCAGUAUUCAAUAAUUUUCAGGAUCAGAUGAAGAGGGAACUAGCCUACCGUGAAGAAAUGGUGCAACAGUUACAAAUUAUCCCCUAUGCAGCAAGCUUGAUCAGGAAAGAAAAGCUUGGUGCCCAUCUCAGCAAAAGCUAAAAGGUGCACACAUCCACUUACUCUUGUACUCUUGUAAAAUACAGCCUGCCACUGAGCACUUCUGACCUGCAGAAAGACUGCAAACUGAAAGGGCUUGGGAAUCAAAUACAAAAUCAGGUUCGGGAGAACCCAAGGACAAGUGACCUCAAAGCAGCAUGGACAACCAUGUAAAAUAGACUGUAGCCAUUCAUUAGUGGGGGGAGGGGGGAGCCAACCAGAGCAGUCAAUGCUUGUCGCAUCUUUUGGUGGAACCAAAGUUUGAGUAUUUGUGUUUUUAAAGGACAACCGAACCCAGAGUAUGGGAAGUGCUGUUAGCCAACAGGCUGGGUGGAAAAAUCCACGAACGGUCCCAGGAAGUCUCAGUACUGCCCACGAGGAGAGAGCAGCUCUAUACAAUUGUCUUUUUACUUUUAAAGAAGUGAUUCUUAGUGGAAAGAAAACAGAAGACCUGUCCCAGGAGGGGUGAUCGUGUUUCGACAGAUGGAAAGAUGUCAGCGCUACAAACCUGCUUUUCAUGGCGAACUAGACAGACACAUGUGGCCCCUUUCUUGCUGGUAUUUGCCUGCUGUAUGAAUGAAAAUUGUAUUCCUCUGGAAAUAUUUUACAGUUUAAUAUUGAGUGUAAUUAAGAAUAUAAUCAUGUUAUCAAAAAUGGUAUUUAACUCUGUUGUAGUUUCUU